AUGCGGCCCACCACUGCGCUCAUGAUCGCUCGUAAAGGGAGUUUUUCAGUGUUGACAAACGGAGGAUCCAAACUUGUCUGGAAGGCCUAUGCUAUUGCGCUACAAGCCCACAUGACAACACAAGAUGACCUCGACAACUCUUCCAAAGCCAUCUUUGUAGCUUCCCCGGGUCUGUUUGACAUACCUGCCGGCGAGUUUGCCCCUCAAGAGAUCACCAACAAUCACAUUUUUCUCCGAACCGACGUUUUACAGGACACUCGGUCCCCAUUUUACACGUCUGAUGGCGAUAGUUACUUCGAUUCCCGCCGCAAGUACCUGCAGAGUAUCCACGAAGAUGCCGCGACUCUUUCGGAUGUCAGUGGCUCCAUCUCGAAGCUCCGGUCCGAGGUCCAGCAGGCACAGGACAGAAGUGCAGAAGCGUAUUUGAGGGAUCUUGAUCUAUACCACAAAAGUGCAGCUGUGGCGGGUUCGGGACUGACCAACUUCGAGGCCUGGGGCGAAAAGUUCGGCGUCUACUAUGCAUGGGCAAAGAGCGAACAGACGCGGCUCGAAUAUGACCACACACUCGCCGCCACUAAAACAUCCAGCAGUGUUGGCCUGGCAUUGGCAGCAUUCGAUCUGGCACAGGACACCUCGGCAUUGAGACUCGGGAGUAAUAUGCCAUGUUCGAAUAUGGACAUACCAUCUUCAGUGGGAUAUAGGCGGGCUCCCCUCGUGAUCACUCCCGAUCAGACCUUUUAUAGGCCCUUGUACUCGAUCAGCGGUGUCGACCGGAGGGUUGACUCCUGGGUUGACGCCAAAGAUGGGGGCAGCGAAGAGGUUCGCUUAGAUCUCGACGUUGCAGGUGCCGCGACGGCUUCUUGGGCCAGCCUCGGGUUCCCCAACCUGGAUAACGAUCCUCUCUAUGAGACCAAUCCGGUCAACGCCGCAACUUCCGAUGUGAAACUCUCGCUCGAGGCUGGAGGUUUGCAGGCAUUCGACAUUGAUCGGGGGUUUUGGGAUGUCAGUGCUGCCGCCCGAUCUCAGCUGGGAUCGAUUGCUGGUACUGAGCCGCGUUCCAGCAGACAGAUGAAGAUCACGAGAAUCUUGUUGGGAUACAGAGUAAGGAUUAAAAUGGCAGCCGCGGAUGACAAGCACCAGCUUCCCGACGCUUUGCUCGGCGUUGGCGGAGGAGAAAAGGACCUCUUGGGAAUGCCCGCUAGCAAAUGCACCUUGGACCAUGAUGGACAAAUUGUAGUCGCCAGCGCCCCCAGUGGAUUCCCUACUGUGCUCGCCGUGCUGGGGAGGGAAAUUUAA